AGAGCGGGGCCUUUGUUUAUGUAAAUGGAUAAACCACGUUGCGCGUAUUGUUGAUAUAAUAGUUAAACUUAGUGAUGUUGAUGUUCUGUCCUACCUGCGGCAACUUACUGCUGGUGGAGGAAGGCACCGAUGCGCUACGUUUUUCCUGCAACACAUGCCCUUACAUUUGUAAAAUCCGGCAAAGAAUUUCCAGCCGCAUUUACCCAAAGCUCAAGGAGGUGGACCAUGUGAUGGGUGGUUCGGCUGCCUGGGAAAACGUAGAUUCGACCGAUGCCGUAUGUCCUUCGUGCUCGCAUAACCGUGCGUACUUUAUGCAGAUGCAAACACGCUCCGCCGACGAGCCCAUGACAACGUUUUACAAGUGCUGUAAUCAAACGUGUGGCCACAAUUGGCGGGAUUAGGAACGGAAAGACAAUACACACACGAUAGUUCAACGAAAACCCGCGUUAGCCAAUGCUUUUUGCUAUUGCCCGUAGUUUAGUGUCGAGUGAAUGUGCGCGUGCUUCUCCGCUGUACAUGAUGAAACGAGCGUUAAAAUAUGAUGUAAACGAAACAUCAUCCAACAAGCAGCUUAAACUUUCUAGACUUAAGCUAGAUGUUGCCAAACAAUCCAAAGUUAUUGACACUACGCGCGCGGACGCGAAAGUGAUCGCGGUGGAAAAGCUUAGGCGCGGCGAAGUAAUUGCGAUACCAACGGAUACGGUUUACGGGCUAACAUGCAGUGCCAACAAUCCCAAAGCGAUAGGCCGGCUGUACAAUAUCAAAGGAAGGCACGAACUGAAACCCGUCGCUAUAUGUGUGGCCACGGUCGAGGACUUGCGGCAGUGGGGCGAGGCGGACCAUCUGUCGGCCGAGCUUCUGAAUGAGCUGCUGCCGGGUGCGGUAAC